CAUGUCGUUGGUCUUACAAAUGACUUUGUUCUCAAGAGGAAAUUAGCUAAGUUUUUUGUUAGCUUGGUGAUCACAAAACAUUUAUGACAGAUAGUUUGCGCUCUUAAAUGUGCGUUAACCUGUCAAGAAGAGGACAUCACUCUCCGUAGAUACGCAUUCAUACAAACAUCAAGUAUAAGCACUGAAAGAGUGCUUGAAGUGUUGAAGGCGCGCACGGAUUGUCAUAAAGAUGAUUCGGAUAUACGUUAUAAUGACGAUAUUGUGUCUGUAUCAGACCUACACCUCUUUUGGGCAGGACUGUCCCAGCAAGCAGGAGCUGCAGAGCACCCUGCGCCAGGUCCACAAGCUGCUCUCAGCCCAUGAGGCCUCCUAUCUGCAGAACCUUCGCUCCUUGAGGAAGAGGCUCAACCUCCUGCAGAGCUCCACAGCACGACAGACUACCAAGGCCAGCAAUGGGACCUGCCCAAAGUUAGAGGUGCCCAACAAUGGCAGGAAGCUGGGCAAGGUGCUAGCGGUGGGCCAUGAGGUGCACUUCCUGUGUGAGCCAGGGUAUGAGCUGGUGGGUUCAGAGACCAGGGUUUGCCAGGAGUCCUUGACCUGGAGUGGCCAGCAGCCUACCUGCAGGAACAUAAAUGAAUGCGCUUCUACCCCAUGUCUGAAUGGAGGGUCAUGCGUGGAUGAAGUGAAUCGAUUCCUUUGCACAUGUGCCAAAGGCUGGACGGGCCCCACCUGUCAGACCCCCAUACCCACCUUCUUCACUAUCGUGACCAAUGUCUCCACAUCCAGUACCACAUCCUCUCCCUACUCCUCUUCCUCUUCCCCGUCCUCGCUCCCAUCCUCUCCCUUCAUGCACCCCUCACGUUGCACGCAGUUCCUGGGGUCCACACGUUGUACCUGCGAGGCAGGCUUCACCAUUUCCGGCCGGGACAGCAACCUCUGCAUAGACAUUGAUGAAUGUGAGCUGUUCCACAAUGGGCAAGCAGGACGCCUCUGUGUGCACAACUGUGUAAACACCCCUGGUGGCUACCGCUGUACCUGUCCCCCUGGCUACAAUCUCACCCGCGACAGCCGCAACUGCAAAGAUAUUGACGAAUGCGAGACCAGACAGCACAACUGUACUCGAGACCAGCUUUGUGUCAACACGUAUGGGGGUUUCCAGUGUGUGCGUGUGGAGUGCCCCCGGAUCCGGAACGCCACCUAUGUUAAGACCUCACCCGUGCGAUGUGAACGGAACCCCUGCCCGGUGGACAACAGGGCGUGUGCUCAGGCGCCCAACUCCAUUACCUUCCACUACCUGUCAGUGGUGUCCAACCUAUCGGCCCCUCGGGUACUGUUCCGGGUGUCGGCAGCGCGGGUUCUGGGGGACACCCUGCGCUUCGGACUGCUUGGAGCCCGGGGGCGGCGCCACUUCACCGUGCAGCGCUCAGGCCGGCAAACGGGCCAGCUGCUCCUCGUCAGCCCAGUGCAGGGCCCCGCCACCCUGGAGGCAGAGGUGGAGAUGAGCGAGCUGGAGAGGAGGGCGAUGCUGGGGCGCUACGUCACCAAGGUCACUCUCUUCGUCUCUCCUUAUAGCUUCUAGCACUGGG